AUGAACCAACUUCUUGCAAGAUCUUUCCUUCUGGGAACAUCUUGUACCUACAUCAAUAUUUCUGCACCUGAGAAAGAAAAUAUGAAUUACAAGCAACACUUUGCAAUUACCGAAGUUGUGAAUGGAAAACAGCGAGUUUCUGAUGGAUAUCUUUACUCAAAUGAGACACAUAUUCGUACCGUUCAAACCGCUUUGCAACUUCCAAUUGAUGGACGAUUCUUCUCCUUCAAUCCUGUAUUCGUGAAUGUUUGGUCCAGACUUGUUUAUCCCAAAUGCAUCGAUAUGGAUCCAAUUAUUGCAUCUCUGAAUGCUUGUGGAAUACCAAGCUCUCUUUUGGUACACAGACACCAGAAAUGCCUUCAACCUUUCUGUAAUGAAACGCUCGUUUUCGCUUUUUUCACUGAUUUGUUUUGUUUUGGGGGUUUUGUGUUGAGUGUUUGCAAAACGACGGAAAUUAAAGCACCCCACGAAAAUAAAGCACAUGUGCUUUAUAUUUUUAAUAUAAAGCACGUGGGUCCAGUUCCGCAAAAGACGGUAGAUACUUAG